GAUUCGGCUUCCGGAGGAGGGGACACCAUUCAGGGGUGUACCAAGCCCCAGAGGCAGCGGCAAGGGAGACUGUGGGGAACUGGGAGCAACAGCAGGCAUGGACCAAAGCAGUGAAGGAUGUAUGAAAAAGAUUAGCAGUGUGAAUCUUGACAAACUUAUAAAUGACUUCUCACAGAUAGAAAAGAAAAUGAUAGAAACCAAUGGAAAGAACAAUAUACUGGAUAUUCAGUUGGAAAAGAAUAACUCUCUAUUAAAAGUAAUGCAAGCAAAGGAGGUCUCAAUUAAAGAAGAAUGUGCUACUCUUCAUAAUAUAAUAAAAGGGCUACAACAGACCAUUGAAUAUCAACAGAAUUUGAAAGUUGAAAAUGAACAACUAAAAAUAAGUGCUGAUCUUAUAAAAGAGAAGUUAAAGUCUCAUGAACAGGAACAUAAGAAUAAUAUUGCCAAACUUGUAAGUGAAAUGAAAAUCAAAGAGGAAGGAUAUAAGAAAGAAAUAAGCAAACUUUAUCAGGACAUGCAGAAAAAAGUUGAAUUAAAUGAAGAAAAGCACAAAGAACUAAUAGAGAAAAAGGAGAUGGAAAUUUCAGAGUUAAAUGCAAAGCUAAGAAGUCAAGAAAAAGAAAAACAAAAUGAAAUAAUCAAGCUACAACUAGAGUUUGAUGCCAAACUAGCAAGAGUUCAGACUAAAUCAAAAUCAUAUCAGGAUUCUACUGUUUUGCCACAAAGUAUCUACAGACGGAAACUUCAACAUUUUCAAGAAGAAAAAAACAAGGAGAUUGCAAUUCUUCGUAAUACCAUUCGCGAUUUAGAGCAACACCUUUCUGUUGGCAAAGAUUCUCACCUUAAGCGUAGAAGGUUUUAAGUUUAGCAGUAAAUUCAUUAGUUAGUAUUUAUUUAAAAGCAAUCGAAAGUUUCACUUCUAUUUUCAAUAUACGCAUAAAGCCUACAUAACAAACAAAGUCAGCUUUAAGGUUUUUAUUGAAUUUAUUUGGACAAAUCCAUACUGUAUCCAAUUGUGUACUGCAUUCUUGCUUAAUAGUAUUAACCAUAAAGGAGGUCAGGUUUAUAGGGUUUGGUUUACCUAUUAAACCAUCAUUGACUAUGGGAAUACUUACUAAGCAAUAUAGAGACAGACAAUAUUAUCUUUCCCUUUCCAUCUUUUAAGAUAGCCACUCAAGUUUUAGAAGAGUGUGAUACAACAUUAGAGAAAGAAAGAUACAAAGGCUUUAUUCAUGUGUGAUAGUAAAAAUGAGUCUUAGACAUACAAAAGAUAAAUGGACAUUUAAAAUAGUUAUAUAUGCUUUUUUAGCAAAAUAUUCACGUGUUAAGUAUUUCUGGAUCUUAAAAUACAAAAUCCACUUAUUUUAUUAAAGUAUAAGAUUGAAAAGACAAAGUAAUAUUGUUUUGAAAGAUAAGUAAAGAAAAAAAUGGAAA